UUAAUUUCGGCGAUUCCUUAUUAAGUUAAGGUAACUCAGUUUAGAGCUCCAUGCCGAACGCAUAAACGAACAAACAUAUCUACAUUUGAUCAGCACAAAUUCAACUUAAAGCCCAUAUAAACUUUACAAAUUAAUUGCAACAAGGAGCCUCAAAUUCUGUUCGCGGCAUCUAAUUCAUUGAUUUCUCAUCAUCAUGGAUCUAUUGCAGCUUUUGAAGAUGUACAGCAUCGGCGCCUUCUUCACUAUCUUCCAGUUCCUCGCAACAUGGAGCCUCAUGUACCCAUUUCUACCCUCGGCCUACCUGUACCACUACACGAUCACCACACUGAUGUUCCUGUGGGCAAUGUACGACGAGACCAGCGCCCAGUCGUGUUUCUUACUAGCUGUGCUACAGGCACUUGGGUUCAUCCUCGACAUAUUCGCACUCUCGUUCCACUUCCAAGAUUCAAAAAACAAUUCCCAAUUAAACAACAGGUUUGAGUAUAUUCUGUGUAUGAUGGCCUUCUUUACCAACUUCUUCCUGCGCACUGUGUAUGUUCUACUGGGAGUGUACCAUUUCAUGGACAGAAAGGGAGAGGUCACUCAGAACCUAAUCACACGACCCAAGGGCGCAUCUAACCUGGACAGCCGCGUGAGGGGCGGGGCUUCUAAUAACCCAUCUGGCAUGGAACAACAGGCACCACCUCCUCAAGCCAACACAACAGAGCAACAGAACCCAUUCCAAAACGAAUAGAUCCCACUGACUUGAAACUUCACUAACAAAAUGAAGCUGCCGAUUCAUUGAAACCAAUACAAUUAUAGCCAUUAUAUUUCCUUUCUUACUCUAUGAAAAAAUUGGAAUAUUGAAAUCGACAUCGUAAGCCUCUUCCUUUAGUGUAAUUAUUGAUGCUAUUGAGACAUCGUAUAAUAUUAUGGAUAACAGCUUGCCCUGAGUUUA